UGCGCAGACUGCCUGUUAUGGCGGUCCCCGGAGUCCCGCGAUAAAGUUGUCGGGUGAGACUCCCGGCUGAGGCCCGCGGCGGGUGCUCCUGUCCCAGAAUUAAUGUGGAACCUGGGCCAUGGUACAGUUGGCUUCUGCCCCAGCCAUGAACGAGGUCACUUUCAGAAGCGACACCGUGCUGUCGGAUGUGCACCUUUACACCCCGAACCAGAGACACCUCAUGGUGCGGCUGAAUGGUGUGGGGCAGCCUGUUUUCCUGUCCCAAUUCAAGCUUCUGUGGAGCCAGGAAUCUUGGACAGACUCGGGGGCUGAGAGUGGCGAUCACAAAGAUGUUCACACAGAGGAGACUCUUCCCACCAGGACAGGCAGCAGAGGAUUACCUCCAAGAAGUGACCACAGUGAUGAGGGUUCCUCCCUCCAGGCCGGGGCUGACACUGCUGGCCAGGAAGAGGCAGGAACUCAGCUGGAUGAGGAUGGGGAUCUGGAUGUGGUGAGAAGACCACAGGCCACCUCUUAUCCCAACCCAGCGAGUCCUCCAAGAGACAAGGUACAUCCCAUGAUUCUAACACAGGAAGAAGACAUCAUGGGAGAUGAAGCACAAGACAGCAGCCCCCACGAUGUCAUCAAAAUAGAACACACCAUGGCCACACCCCUGGAGGAUGUUGGCAAGCAGGUGUGGCGGGGUGCCCUGCUCUUGGCGGACUACAUCCUGUUCCGACGGGACCUCUUCCAAGGGUGCACUGCACUGGAGCUCGGGGCGGGCACGGGACUCACCAGCAUUGUUGCAGCCACCAUGGCACGGACUGUUUACUGUACAGAUGUUGGUGCAGAUCUCCUGGCCAUGUGCCAGCGAAAUGUUGCCCUCAACAGCCACCUGGCUGCUGCUGAAGGUGGUGUACUUAAGGUCAAAGAACUGGACUGGCUGAAGGAUGACCUCUGCACAGAUCCUGAGGUCCCCUUCAGUUGGUCAGAAGAGGAGAUUUCUGACUUGUACGAUCACACCACCGUAGUGUUUGCAGCCGAAGUGUUUUACGACGAGGACUUAACCAAUGCGCUGUUUAAAACGCUCUCCCGACUCGCUCUCAGACUGAAAAAUGCCUGCACGGCCAUCCUGUCGGUGGAGAGGAGGCUCAACUUCACACUGAGACACCUGGACGUCACGUGUGAAGCCUACGAUCACUUCCGCUCCUCCUUGCACGCGCUGGAGAAGCUGGCCGAGGGCAAGAUGCACUUCGUGGUGGAGCCCGUGGAGGCCUCGUUCCCGCAACUCUUCGUGUACGAGCGCGUCCAGCAGCUGGAGCUCUGGAAGAUUGUGGCAGAACCAAUAAUAUGACCCGUCACAUCGAUGAGGCAUGACAUCUGGACAGUUAUUGCGAUAUAUUUCUAAUAAAAUCAAAAGCUUACCAAAGUAA